AUCCUAAUUCGCAGUCACAACACAAAUACACAAUAUUGUUACAUUCAAAUGUCAGUAAUAAACAUAACAAUUAAUAUUUAAUCAUAUUUAUUUUUUUAGACUUGUUUUUACCUAGUAAUUCUGUAUCUAAUAAUAAAAUCCACCUUUUCAAAUGCUAUAAACAAUUACGUGAACGUGACUAUAAGCAUAAUAUUGUUCUAUGAUAAUACUUUAAUUGUUAGUUAACCAGUGUAAAAGUAAACUGUAGAAUUUACAUUUUAAAAUUCAGCCAUGAGUCAAGCUAUCCAAGCUAAACAAGCGGAUCGCUUGAAGAAACUUAGAGACCUCCACAUCAAAAGAAAUGAAGCUAGAGUGAACAACCAUCAAGAAGUUGUUGAAGAAGACAAACAAAUGAAAUUGCCAUCAAACUGGGAAGCAAGGCAAAGGAAAGCUGAAUGGCUUUUAAAUGACGAUAAACUAAGGCAAGAGGCUAAAGAAAAAGGACAAGAUUAUAACCGUUUAAAACUUUUAAACAUGACUGCAAUGGAAGCUGAUGCUAUUGACAGAAAGAAAAAACGCCAAAACCCUGAUCCAGGUUUUUCAGAUUACGAAGAAGCUACUGCUCGUCAAUACAACAGGAUGAUAUCCAACAUGAAAGUAGACAUGGGUGCCUAUCAAAGGCAAAAAGAUAAACUGGGCAAAGCAUUCUAUGCAGAGGCCAACACAUAUUUACACGAUAAAAUAAAAGAUUCAAAAGAAGGAAUUGAUAAUAUGGUCGAUGACUUAGAAAAACAAAUUGCAAAACGUAACAAGUUUAGUAGGAGAAGAACGCAUAAUGACGAAGCAGACAUUGAUUACAUCAAUGAAAGGAACAUGAAAUUCAAUGCUAAAUUGGAACGGUACUAUGGAGAACAUACUACACAAAUCAAACAAAACUUGGAAAGAGGAACUGCUAUUUAAAUUCAAAACAACUACAUAAUUUUAUAUAUAUAUAUUAAACAUAAGUGUUUUUAUUUUAUAUAUUUAAUUUAAAAUGUAAAUAACUAAUUCAACAAAUUAUUGCAUCAACCCACGUUCUAAGUCUUUGUGUACAAAAAAUAAAUAAAUAUAAUAAUGCAUUGGUCAAAGUUGAAUAUAAUGUUUCUUCUAAAUGCCCACUGUUCUUAGUGAAAAAAAAUAUAAAUGUGUAAUAUUAAGAGUAUAUUA